AUGUCUAAGGUACCAAUUGACAAUGGGAAGCUACUCUACUUUGAGGAGCGCAACCAGGACCAGAAAGAAUCAAUAGUAUUCUUACACGGUGGUGGAGGCAGCCAUAUCGAAUGGAAGCUGGUUGCUCCCCAGCAAUCACUGGCCUCUUAUCACCUAAUCCUCGUCGACCUUCCCAUGCACUCUGGGUCUUGGGACAUCGGGCGCCCAUUGACCCUCGCAACAGCUGCUGAUGAAGUAUGCAAAGUCAUUCGAAAGCAUGCACACGGCGGAAAAGCACAUGUUGUUGGUCUAUCACUGGGCGGUUUCAUCGCUCUCGUUCUCACAUCUCGCCAUCCCGACGUCGUGUUGUCGACGUUCGCAACAGGUGCUUACCCAUACAGAGGAAUGUUUAAGUGGUUCAUGGAGCACCCGAUGGCGAUGUCGAUUGUGAACUGCAUACAGAGCAUUCCUGGUGUACUCGAGGCAUCGCUGCGACGGCAGGGAAUUGACUAUGAAGAAUGGGUUGCCGAAGGGAAGAAGAACCAUUCACCAGAGAGGUCCAAGGCGAUGAAUAAGGAGCUCAGUACCUUUAGCAUGGAGGAAGUAAAAGCAGUUGCAGAUUCUGGAGUCAGAACUUGUGUUAUUUCGGGAGGGAAGAUGGAUCAGAUUGAUCCUGUACGAGAUAUGGGAGUUAUUCUGAGAGAGGGAGGAGAGAAGACGGGAGUCAAGAAUGAGGCUGUCGUUGUGAGGGAUGCUUAUCAUCCAUGGCAUUUACAACUUCCAGAGUUGUUUGCUUCUGGGAUUGCUGCUUGGGUACAGGAGAAAGAAUUGCCUAAAGAGUUUGAGAUUUUGUAG